AUGGCGAACUCGAAAGAGAACACUCCCACCGGGAGCCCGUCUCCCUCAGAAGAAAACUUAAGCGACAGUCUACCAGGCACGAUAGACAAGUCGCUACCCGCUGAAGGUAGGGACAAGCCUGUCCCUACAAGAAACCCAUCUUUCUCGCCACAGAGAUCCGUCUCGCCGCGAAGAUCGACUUCGCCGCAACGAUCUCCUCCGCCAAGAAAGGACGAGAGCCCUCCUCCGUCCGCACCACGCCGCUCGAGAAAAUCUUCCUCGAGCGACAAACCCCGCAGCUCGAAGAAAUCCUCCUCGAGCGAGAAGAUCCUCAAACUCAUGGAGAAUCUCGUCAAGCCACUCGCCGACGGUUUCGAGUCAAUGCGAGCACAGCAGAAAAAGACUCAGGAACAGGUGGAAGCCCUAGCACGAGAAGACGAUGAAAAUCCGUCAAGUCCCACCGACGGAACAACCCCCCGUCCUGCGCACUUCAGGCGACUUACCACUCAAGAGCUUGAACGGGUGAAUCCGCCUCGACGAGGUCGAUUCGAAAGUUCAUCGCGCCACCAGCUCAGCUCCGGAAUUGACGAAAGCACUCGCCGACACCCGAAGAAGCCCGCUCACCCGCAUUAG